AUGGGCCCAGAAUGGAUAGUCGACCAACACGAUUUUACCUGUAUGCUACCAAUCGGCACGGCCGCCGCGGUUAUGCAAGACUUCUAUGAGGACCUCGCCGCGUACGCGGCCAUCACAUUGACUCCCGCUUCAUGUGGUUACCAAAUAUGGCUUGGACAGCUUUUACUAGAGGUUGUGGCGCCGCCUAGGGUCGUCGUCAGCUGGAUAAUCGUACAGCACUUUGCGUUGGAUAUGCUGAGGAUGACCAAGAGAGGUUACAUAAACACGUACCAGAUCAACUUUAUACACAGGCCCACAGGGAUGAUGGUGACGUUCAAUCUGUACAUGGGAUUGCUGAGGGCGGUGACGGGAGGCGGGUCAUAA